GACCAGCUGCGCCAGCUGGUGCACUCGCUGUGCCCCUCCAUCUUUGGCCAGGAGCUGGUCAAGGCCGGGCUGCUGCUGGCGCUGCUGGGGGGUGUGCGCAAGGCGGGGGGCGCAGACGGCGGCAUGGCGCUGCGCGGGGAUGUGCAUGUGCUGCUGGUGGGGGACCCUGGGCUGGGCAAGAGCCAGCUGCUGCAGGCGGCUGCCGCCGCCGCCCCGCGCGGCGUCUACAUCUGCGGCAACACCAGCUCCGCCGCGGGGCUGACGGUCAGCGUGGUGCGGGAGAACGGGGAGUUCGCCUUCGAUGCCGGGGCGCUGGUGCUGGCCGACCGCGGCGUGUGCUGCAUAGACGAGUUUGACAAGAUGCGCAGCGACCACCAGGCGCUGCUGGGGGCCAUGGAGCAGCAGGAGGUCAGCGUGGCCAAGGCGGGCAUGGUGGCCUCACUGCCCGCCCGUACCACCGUGCUGGCCGCAGCCAAUCCGGUGGAUGGAUCCUACAACCGCGGCCGCACGCUGCUGGAGAACCUACGUGUCAGCCCCGCCAUGCUGUCCCGCUUUGACCUCGUCUUCCUGCUGCUGGACAGGCCAGACGCGCAGCACGACCAGCGCCUGUCGGAGCACGUCAUGGCGCUGCACUCAGGGGUGGAGGCGCGGGCCACCGCAGCACGCAGCCGCUUGCUGGAGGGGCCCUCGGGCGGCCAGCCGCUGCUUCUGACGGACGGCGGCGGCGGCGGCGGCGGACGGCCCGCGCUGCUGGACCGGCUGCGGGUGCGGCGCGGGGACGACGAGCCGCUGCCGCCGCAGCUGCUGCGCAAGUACAUCGCGUACGCGCGGCAGUACGUGCACCCCCGCCUGUCAGGCAAGCCAGGGCUGGGGGAGGAGGGCGGGGAAGGAAGGGUGUGA